UUUCAGUUGGAAGCAAUUGAAUCUGAAAUAUGACAUCACUGUUUGAUGCAUUAUCAAGAAGUAAUGAUCGCUUACCAUCUCCCAACUUUCUACCUGAGGAUUUUCUUGAACUUCUCAAGAGCAAUGAUUUUGAUACAAAACUAACGACUUUGAUUCGAGCCGCAACGAUAGCAAAACGGGAAGAAGAUUGGUUUCAUAAAUUUCAAAAGAAAGGAGAAUUAUUUAAAUGUAUUGACAAGAUUAUCUGUGAUGAUAGAUGGGAACUUCAACAUCAAUGUAUCAAGUUUUUGGUCGAAGCUAUGCCGACAUUUGGAAGUGCCACAGAAUAUUGCAUGUGCUUUGUGAUGCCAAAUUUAAUUCCAAAAUUGGUGAGCAAUAAGGUGACAGUUCGGAAGAUAACACAUCAGGCAAUUGCCACGUUUCUUCGCCUGAAACCUGAAGCAUUACAAUCCUUUUUGAAAAUGCUUUCCAACUUUAUGCCCAAUUGCAACUCAAAAUCUGAAUUGAUCACAGAACUACACCACAUUCUUAUUCCGGAGUUGGUUAAAUCAAAUUGGACAUGCCUGGUGGAAAAUUUCACAACAGAAUCAAAUAUUCAAGGAUGUGAAGAUCAAGCUGGAGUACUCAUGAAAAAGUUGCAUUAUUUCAUUGGCAACGAAUUUUGGCAAAAGAUAAUAACCAAUCUAUCACCGGAAAAGCGUGAAGUUCUUGAACAAAUAACUGCAAAUGUUCAAGUAGAACACACAGAAUCAAAAGCAGGAAGCGGUGUUCUACGAGCAUCAGCUAAACCUCAAUCUGGCGGUGAACGACGUCUUCGAUUCGGAAUAGUUCCAAGCUUAGUGUGUGCUUUAAUUGCUGAGGAUACAGAUGCUAAUCAAAGAAUUUCGGGAUUAGAAAAAAUGAAACAAGUAGUUGAUCAGAUUACUCCAGAAGAAAUAGCUAGAUUGGUUCCUCAUUUACAUUCGUAUUUGCUCAUGUUGUCAAAUGUUUUGGAAGAUUUGAACUUCAAGGUAGUAGUUCUAGCUCUUGACAUUGUUCGUGCAACUGGACAUCAUUUGAAAGGGCACAUGGAAGCACAUAUUCAACAAUUUGUGAAUCUCGUGGCGAAGCAUUUCGGAAAUCAAAAAUCUGUGAUCAAACAAAUCAUAAUGAUGACUUUUAUGGAACUCUUUCAGAAUAUAAAUCCUAAAACAGUCGGUGGAUGUCUUCGGGUAUUUCUUGAAAAUAAGAAUUCAAGAGUGAGAGAGGAAGUAAUCAAUAUUUACACAGCUUCUUUGAUGACUAUCAGCCCUUCAAAAUUCAACUUGCAACCGCUUGUGAAUAUUUUGGUUCCAAUGUUUCAUGACGUCAAGAAACGGGUUAGAUUAGCCGCCUUUGAGCAGUUGUCUGUACUGGCUUACCUAUUGAAUGGGAAAACCGAGAUCAUCAUGAAACCCGUGAGAGAUUUUGAACAAGAUCAGAAUUCAAGAGGAUUAACGGAAGCAGUAACAGCCAGAAUCCGUCGUCAGGUACUUCCACGUAUUCGGUACGAUGGUCUCAUUGAAUACUCAACACCUCCAAUGAUGGACUCAUUUGAUCUUGCAGAAGCUGAGAUGAGCUUGCCUUCCAAUGCAGAUCUCUCAUGGAUUGUGAGCAAUGGUGGCGUUGAGCCAGAUCCAUUUGAAAGAACAAUGUCACCAAUCAGUUUGGCUGGAAAUCUUGCAACAAUUCGAAGAAAUCGAGUGAUCCAACAACAGGGACAAGCAGAGAAACCGUCAUUCAGUCUACCACAGCAACCUGCUCAGCAAGCGUCACAUCAAGCGCAACGGCUACCAAACGGAAUUGAGAAAAGUCACGAAACUUCUGAAAAUUCAAGUCUGGACAUUGGUCAAAGAAUAGUGAUGACAAGAAUGAAAAGUGAUGACUCGUUUGUGAGGAGACAAGGUUCAGCAGCAUCAAAUCCAAAUUCAAGUACAAGUUCCUGGGAAGCUCCGAAACGUCCACCGAUAUCCCCAUCAGAAAAGUCAUCGAUAAGCGCAACAAAGAAAGAAGUUAACAACAAUCAUAUUGUUAAGAAAGGAAAUUUGAAGUCAAUGAGAGCUAGAAGUGACACAAAUCUUUCUGAAGAUCAUGGAGAAGAAGAGAUGGAAAAUGAUCCUCCAAGAAGUUUUGACGAUCGCCCAGCAAAAGCAAGUGGGCAAUAUUCAUUCCAAGAUUUCGACGCUGCCAUUGUUCCAUCCAGCAUGGGAAAGAAAAGUAUCAGUCACCACAGUCUACCAAUCACUUCACAUCCUCCUUUGAAGCAUGCGAUUUCACAACCCCAGAAAAGAAUCAACAAUAAUGGUACUUUUCUACGUUCCGGACAGGGACAAAGGACAAAAUCUGUAUCAAAGCCCCAUCGUGAGCUUACUGCUGUUUCAAAAACAUAUUCAUUAUUGGAUACAUCGAAUAUGUCGGUAAAUCAAGCAUUGAAAAAGAUGUCAAGUGAUGAAUGGGCGGAUAAGGUCGAUGGUUUAAAUAUGAUUUCAACAUUAUCUGAAACACAACCAAGAAUGGUAGCUGAUAACUUGAAAGAGGUCAUCAUUGCCAUUUUGAAUGAAUGCAAAAAUUUGCGAUCAUCGGUUUCUAGAGUGGCAAUUGUUACCAUAGGAACAGUGGCUCAAAAUUUAAACUCCAAAAUUGAUUCAGAAAUGGAAAAGAUUUGCGCUGUACUUCUCUCUAAAUCUGGUGACGUGUCAAACGCCUUUAUUCGAGAUGAUGCAACUGAUUCGUUGAAUAAACUUGUGAAAGCUGCAACUGCUGGAAAAGCACUGCAAGGGAUUAUUUUGGCUGGAGCAAAAUCCAAGAACAAUACAAUUCGUUCCUCAUGUGCUAAUUUUGUUUAUGACAUUAUCACAAUUCAAGGAAGUUCAGCGAUUCUUAAUAAUCAAAAUGCACUUUCAAAUGUGCUUCCCGUUCUACUUCAAUUUUCAAGAGAUCAAUCGCCACAAGUAAGAAAUCCAGGAAAACAAUCUCUUUGCUUUUUGUCAAAGGACCCGAAUUUCGAUAGACUUAUGAGAAAAAAUGCAUUGGAAUCGGAGAUCAAAGCUGUGAAAGACGUUUUGGCAAAUGUUGAAAAACGGGGAGGAGUAGACUCAUUGGAAUCAACCGCUAACCUUUCUGGAUCACUCUCUAGAAUCGGAAGUACCCGAAGAGUUCAGAAGAAGCUUCCCGAUAGCUUACAGCUUGACCUCGAUGAAAUUCGUACUGAGCUUUUAGCUGCGGGAUGGGAAAGACGGUUAACAGGCUUACAAAGAUUUGAAGAAAUGUGUGGACAUGCAAGUAAAGCAGUUGCAAGUGACACUCGACUUAUUGAAGCAUUCAUUUCAAGAUUAGGGGAUACAAAUGGAAAAGUUGCAUCGUGUGCAAUGGAAACAUAUAUUUCUACUAUGGGAAGCAUGGCGAAACUCUACUCAACUGAAUCUAAUCUAAAAGCAGUGAUGAACCAACUUGCACAUGCAUUGACUGCUCAUCUUUCCAGUAAAUCGGAAGAGCACAAGCAUCUAGCAAGAACAUGUAUUCAACAUACAAUUCGAUCAAUUGAACCAGUUAGCUUGCUUCCUGCAAUGACAUCAGCUACAAAGAAAUCAAAUGUAAAACAACGUCCAUUUAUCUUGACACAAUAUUGUGAGUUAUCCAAAUUGGCAUACAAAAGCAAACCAAAACAAGUCGAAGUGAUGGCUCUUCCUCUAUUGUGGGACAGUGUCAAAAAUAGUGCGCCAGAUGUUGAUAACAAGAAAGCAACACAAUAUCUUGCAAAAACUCUUGCUAAACUUAUUGGGGAAAAACAAUUGCUUGACUUGGCAACUUCAGAGUUGGAUCCCAAUAGAAAGAAACAAUUGGAUGCUCUGAUUCGGUGAUUUUCAUAAGAAUUCCGUAACUGUUCUGUCAGCGGGUUCUCAAUUUUAGUGAUAAUUUUUCUAGUUUUUCAAUAAAUCUUACUGUGGUGCG